AUGAGAAUGAGAGUGAAAGUGAGGAUGAAGAUGGAGAUGGGACUCGGAAGAGGAGGAGGUUUGUCGGAUGAGAAUGAGACUGACCCGGUUAAGCUUUUUAGGAAACUGAAGAAAGAAUAUUACUACAUGGGUACUUUCCAUGGUAAGCCAUCUGGAUGUUUGAUGUAUGAAUUAUCCCAUUCCCUGAGGAAGAACACAAACGAAUUGCUUUGGUUUGCUUGUCUGGCUUUGACUGAUCAAUUUGUUCACGAGAGAUUAACAAAUGAGAGAUACCAAGCUGGGGUGAUGGAGCUUGAGCAGCAUAUUAAUAGCUCAGGGAAUUUGGAUGCUGUUACUUUGGUGACUCUAAAAGAUGGAACAAAGGUGUCUGCACCCGAUUGUUCAAGAAUUGCAUAUGAAGAUGAGCCAAGAUUAAUGUUGCUACAAGAAUGGAAUUUGUUUGAUUCGAUGCUUUGCUCAUCCUACAUUGCAACUAAAUUGAAGACUUGGAGUGACAAUGGGAUAAAAAGAAUGCAGCUAAUUUUAGCUCGAAUGGGAUUUGCUCGUGAGGAGUGCAGACAGAAGUUUCAAUUCAUGAGUGUUGACAUCAAGCGGAGAAUGAAGGAUAUGUUUGAAAAGUUUUUACCAGAGUAUGGGCUUACAGAGUUCUACUACAGAGGCUUCUUGCUGCUUCAUGGGUAUAGUUCAAAAGUUUCUGCAGCAGAUGUGGUGUAUGGAGUUACUGCACUGUUGGAGUCAUCUGUUGAGUCAGAUGGCUCCUGUGCUUCCAAGCAGUUUGGGGUGGCCUAUGAUGCAUUGUCCCUGAGCAAGCUCGAGAAGCUGGAAAUUGGAAUGCAACAAGCUAUCAAGGUACAAAGGGCGAUUCUUAGACAAGGAAGUGCAGCAAUAACCAAGAAGGGAUCUAUCAGAAGUGGGAGUAAAUUCAGGUGGGUAAAGCUUGAUGAUUCAGCAGACACAAAGUUGUUGGGAUACCCUCAGGCUUUAACUAAAUUUGGCUAUUUUCUAUUGGAUGCUUUGCGGGAAAAGGGAGCAAAAAUGAAGCCUUUGAUCUGUGUUUGCUACACUCAAGAGCGCCACCAGGUGUUGAUUGUCGGAGUUUGUGGGAAGCCACGGCUUGGAGCAGUUCAAGGAAAUGCAUUUGGGAUUGCUUUCAGAAAUGCAGCUGAGGAGACUGGAGCUGAGUUCUUUCAUGAGCUAUUUGAAUCCUCAUGGAUAGUUCUUGAUGCAGUUGCUGUUAAUUCAUUCAUGAUCAGGUUAACAGAGAAGCUGUGGUGAAGCUCUUUAUCUAAGCUUACUUCAAUCAAUCUUUCUCUUCAAUUUAGACAUCUGUUCCUAAGAGAUGAAAUCUGUUGGUUAUGCCAAGCAACCAUAUUUGCUCACUCCUAACCUCUGUAGAAUGACUUAUUGAUGAGAACUCUUGAUUAAUUCAUACUGAGAAAUUUGAUCUGAUCAUGAUCAUCACUUGGAAACAUUGGUUUAAUAGAAACUGGAUCAUCAGGUUGCAGGAACGAAUCAGAGACCCCUUGAGUAUUGUUACCACCUGAAAGUCUUACCUGCAAGGAGUUCCCGAUAGACUAGCUAGGCAGGCAAGUGUCAUUCAGAAUUGUAUUUGUGGGACGGAAGAAAUUCCUGUAGUUGUGCUUUCUUCUAUUGACAAGGAUGUAUUGACUUCGUUUGAUCAAUAAAAUUUCAUUGCUUU